AUGAAUACCUAUUUUUUUUACAAUUAGAAACUCAGAACACUGUCCGGUAACUUAAGUUAUAGUUCAGUUCAGUUUUCCGACAUUUAAUUUAGAAGUUUGAAGUUUAUCACUAACCUAUCAAGUAUUCUAUAAAUAUUUUCUUGUAAAAAAAUAAAGAAAAUAAGUGUGAAGCCUAAACUUCGCAUUGAUUGUACCUAUUGGGCAAGUUUUCGUUGCACUUCGAUGGAGGAUUGUCUUGAUAAAGUGCCGACAAUUAAUAAAGUGGGAAUUUGACAUUAAUUGUGCCUAAUAUCUAGACCACACAUUGAGUACACGAUCCAGUAAACAUCUUGAUUUUAUGUAACAGACAUGUUUUAUAAAAGAAUGCAGUGCGAUGGGUGCUUGUACGAACGCAAUUAUCGGUUCUUCAUAGAAGUGUUUGGAAGGGAGUAUGAGCGGCACUUGCUAAGUUAGCUGACGUUUCCACGGCCUCUUCAACUUCUUUUAAUAAAGCCUACUUGGAAUAACAAUGCCGCUAAUCAAUUUUCUGCGAUAAGAAUAAUGCAAGUAGGUUUACUGAUAAAGCAAUCACUUUAAUUGUAAUAUCGAAUAUUUUUCAGUGCCGCUCAGUGGACGAUUAUAAAUGGACAUCUAGGUUGCGCUGAUUUUAAUUGAUAAGUGACUUAAUUAUUUUUGAGGAAGAACAAAAUGUGUGUGUAAUAAAGGCGGGCGUUAUACAAGAUAUUGAUUUUAGAAAAUUGUGAUAUUUUUGAUUUGGUGUGAUGGGUAAUUCUAAAUCGAAGAAGAGUGCGAAGGAACCGGACAAGUUUUUCGAGAGGGAGCGAUGGAGGGAGCAGAAACGGGAUGAGAAGCGUAAGAAGAAUGCGAACCCGUUGAAUAAGAGGGUCGCGGUGAAGGAGCCGCCGGUGCCGUUGGCGGCGAUGGUGAGCCCGGUGCCGCAGAGCGCGGCGGUGCCGGCGCCGCCGCCGGCGCAGGUGCGCUCCUUCGACGAAGAGGCUCUGGAGCUCAUGCGCUUCCAGCUGCGAAACGACGCUGAUGCUUUCCUACUCAACAACAUUCUGCUCUCGGUGCAGUUCUUUGAAAAUUAUGAAAGGGAGGUGCAAAAUAUUAAAAACAAUCCAAUAAGCGAACGGGAGCAUAUGAUAAAUGACGCUAUGGUUCGUCACAACAAGCAUGUUUUCUUCGCUGACCGACUUCAAGAAAAUGUAAAUGAACAUGUCGUUUACCAAAAAGUUCGUGGGCAAAUGGAGCCCUUGACUUCGCCAAGACUUUUUGUUAUCUAUGAUAACGUGGAGGCCAGUGAACCGGGAGAUACAUCGGACUAUAGCGCUGUACUCGACGCCCCCUUUUAUAAGUUACGCAUAGAAGAUUGCAAAGAACCAGGGUUCGUGAAACUAAAGAAAUUGGAAGUUUUAGAAAGUACCUUAUUGAAAGAGAAUGAAUCUGUACGAGCCAAUAACAUUGAUUCGGACGACAGUGUGUAUACAGAAUCUGAAAAGGAAUCCAAUGAUUCUGAUGAUUCUCCAUCUACUUCAACAGGAGAAGCUUUACUGCAAAGUAUUAAAAAUAGGCUUGACACCGGUCAGGAAUCAGUAGCACCUAAUGUGAAACUGAAUUUUAAUGUACUUGAAGAUACUGGGCGAAGGCGCAGUGGGCCAUCUAAACAGGUCAGCGUGCAAGUGGAGAAAAAUAACAUUUUAAACAUAAGUAAUAUGCGGAAAACCAAUAUUUUACUUGAAGAGGAUGAAAGACGAGACUCAGUUGUCUUCAAACCAGAUCAAAUAGCAAGCGAAGACCUUGAAUCUAGGCCCAGGAAAUCUAUUUUGAAAAAUUCAAGAAGGCUUAGUGGACCUACUAGAGACAUGAAAGCAAAAAAUUCAAUCUUUGAUGCUCGGCCAAUCUCUGCUGAAAGUAUUAUAACAGAGGAUACCGAAACUUCUGGUUAUAGAUCUAAUUCUAGUAGCUUGAAAACCAAUGAUUUGAGUGAAAAUGAGUCUGAUUAUGGUUACUCAACAAUAAAAGAAUCGACUACUCCAAAGAGAGUGGAACUUAGCUCACUGGGCAACAGCUCACAUUCAUCAGGGGUAUUGCCUGACGAAACCUGGACUUCUGUAGCUGUUCGAGCAAUCGAUUGGACUGAUGAUGAAGACGAUGACUCCGACGAUAACACUUCAAAAUUGUCUCUAUCAAGAAAUCUAUAUGAUACGCAGUAUUAUCUUUGUUCUGUGGGUUUUAUGAGAAAUUUUGUUGACAAUUUCAUACUUGACUUGGGUUCAGUUUUAGGUCUAUCUCAAGAUGCUAUAAACAGCGCUCUCACUCAAGGGGCUAGUAUUUACUGUGAUACACUUAGGAAUGGAAAUAAGAUAGGAAACGAAGUAUUUCCUGCCCUUAUAGCGUCUUGGCCAAAUGCAGCUAAUCAAUGGAUAAUUCGGGAAAGGAAGAUUAUUCAAAACCCAAGAACAAACUUUAGUUAUCAAUGGCCAACCAAGUAUAUGGUUAGUAAAGCGAUGGGAUUUGGUUGUUUACUAGUACCUGUUGGGUUUCGACCAAAAAGGGGAUUGAACACAGAUCAGAAAUUGCAGUGGAAAAUAAUAUUCCCAGCAGCAGAACGCUACCUGGAGAGUUGUUUAGCUCAUGCACACAUGCGCUGUUACUUGUUUGCUCUCACUUUGCAAAAAAGUUUUAUGAUGGAACAUGAUAACUCCAAAAUGGGAAUAGACGUAAGCCACAUCAAAAACCAUCUUUUUUGGCAAUGUGAAGAUAACUACGCAAAAUGGCCAGAACAUCGUCUGGGUGAGACUUUGAGAAUAUUUUUGAGACGCUUUUACGUCCACUUUGGCCAAGGCCGAUUUCCAAAUUACUUCAUGGAGAACUGUAACGACUUCAAAAGUAUUCCAAAACCAGUUCUUCUAAAGAUGCAACGACGGCUAGCUGAUAUAUUGGAAGCUCCGGUAAUGCAUCUGCUGAGCGCUUUGACUAAACUUAAGUAUACAAAAAAAGAGUUUUAUCCCCAAUUCAAUACUCAAAGGUUAUACGAAAUAUUGACUAGCAAAAAUCCUCUAAGAAUAUUAAACCCUAACCUACCAAUGCCCAAUACAAAUUAUGCUGACAGCUCUGAUACUGAUGAGGAGCCAGAUACAAACUUCUGGGAUAAAGCAAAAAAACAUGACAAGUAUUAUCAAUGGAAAAAAGAAAAACAAAAGCAAUUACAAGAGCGAAGAAAAGCACAGUUUUAUAUUAGAAAACAGAGGGCGUCGAUAAAGCAAGAACAUGAAAUUAAUACCAAUAUAAUACUGCCGAACCGGAUGGAAGUAGAGCGCCGACGUUUGGUUCUAGAAUUUUUCAUCCCCCACUUCAUUGCUAUGGCGCGUUCUAGUGAGAAGUUUGAAGCUAUACGACAAGCGGUGAUCUACUUGGAACAAGCGCAAAGGCUUUGCGUGCUGUUGAAGGAAGAACCCGCCGGGGAAUACACUGCUAACGAAUAUUUGGAUGUGAUUAGGGACAAGCUGCUUGACUGUCAAAGAAAAUUGGCUAACCAAGUUGGUUUCAAGCUUCCUCCACGACGGGAGAGUUCAGUUGAACGAUCUGCCCAAAGGCCGAUUAGAAAACUACGCCCCAGAUAUGAAAAUAUUACUAAUCAAGACUCUCCCUCAGACUCUUCUGGUUUUUCAGCAUUCACCUUUGUCGAAAUACAUGCUGAAAGCUCAUCAAACCAGGAUUCUAUUAGGUUAAACAUUGACGAUAUUGGAGAAGAAUCGAAGUUAUAAGUUUUUAUUAACUAUUAGUAGGCUACUAUCUACUAGACUUUAGUAUGCAAGAAAUGCAGGUUAUCUAUGUUUGUAGUUA